AAGACUGACAAAAAAAACUUCCGUUAACCAUUUGCGGGCAUGCAAUAGUUAAAGUCUGAACGAAUGCAAGUAAAUAGUGGAGAAAUAGCAUUGGAAAAAAAAAGGGAAGAAAUAUCAAUACGUUUCUGUAAAGUGCUACAAUAAUUACUUCCAAACUAAAAUAAGAUAUAAAAGCAUGGAGCUCUGGCCAGACACUUUUGAGACAAUUCUGAUAGAGUAAAAGGAGCAGCUAAUCUACUAAAACGAUAUACAAAGUACGAGUGCACAUUGAUCUUUCAUUUAUGGAUGAACAAGACACAAAAAAUACCAUUCUUCCUUCCUCGACACGUCAGUGCCAUUUCGCAUUGCUAAUAUUGUUAGCUCUGUUGCUGGUGAUUCUGAAUUUAUAUUAUUUCAAGUAUAAUAAACUUGAGAUUAUUGGAUCUGAAUACAAAUGGAGCAGAUAUCCAGUUCCAAAGUUUAAUCACACCAUGGGGCAGAAAGUGGAAACCAGGAAUCUCCAUUGGACCGACAGGCUGGUGCAAUAUGGUUAUCAGAAUCACAGCUUCACCCCUGAAGAAAGGUCAGAGGGAACGUUCCUUAUGAAAAUGAUCGAAUGGCCAAAACCACCCAGCUCUGCUGUACCCUUUCAGAAAAGCAGCAACCCAGCACAUGUUCGCUUUGUAAUUUUAAAUUCUGCAAAGACUUUCUAUGUGGGAGAUCAGUUACAAGUGAUGCUGCAGAUGUAUGAUUUUGAAGGUCACCCAAAGCGAUACGGGGGUGACUAUCUCCAAGCUCGGAUCCACACCCCAGCUUUAAAAGCUGGUUCAGCAGGAACGGUUAUAGACAACGAAAAUGGAUUUUACUAUAUCAAUUUUAAUUUAUCUUGGCCGGGGAAAGUUGAAGUUUCUGUUUUAUUAGUUCAUCCCAGUGAAGGGAUCCAAGCACUUGUAAGACUACGUGAGGAAUGGCCAGAAAGAGUGUAUUUAAAAAGUACCUUCAAAUAUCAUGGUGCUUCAGAAACCACUGUGUGUAAUCUUUAUUUGCCUCAAACUGAGCCACUCUGUAACUUUACUGAUCCUAGGACUGGGGAGCCCUGGUUCUGUUACAAACCAAAGCAACUUCCCUGUUCUGCUCGUAUCAACCAUUUUAAAGGAGGCUAUGAGAAAAAUCUCUUAAUUGGAGAAGAGAGCCGUUAUUUCCAAAGUGGUGUCAACAUCAAGAAGCCCAUAUUACCUAGAUCACCAAUGUACAUAACAGUCAAGCCUUGUUCCCAAACAACUCCGGCUCUUGGAGAAUGUGUCCGGGGACAGCCCAUGGUGUCACCAUCUGGCUUUUAUUAUCAGGACCAGUGGAUGUCAACGACCUGCAAUAUUCACCGUUUUGACACUCCUGCAAAAAUUAAAGAAUGCCUCCGUAGAAAAAUUGUCUGCUUGCUUGGAGAUUCCACCAUGCGACAGUGGUUUGAGUAUUUGACUCAAUUUGUCCCAGGUUAGGCUAUGUGUCAUGUCUCUUUACAGUCGUACAGGCACUGUUCAAAAUCUAGCAUUAUUAGGAUCAAAACUGUGCUGGAUUUCAGAUUCUCCCAGAUUUUAGAUCAGGUAGUCAGUAAGGUACAGCCAGUAAUUACUAGUUAGAAGUGAGUUUUAACUAUGAUGUUUUAUUUGUCUUCAUCUUUUCUGGAGAAAGUUAAACCACUUAGUUGACAGCCAUGUUAGUAACCCAUGUAAACAGUUGUGAGCCAUUUGAUAUAGUCUGUUCUCAUUAUUCCAAUUUUUUGGCGGUCAGACUAAUUGAUUCUCAAUGCUUUGUGCAGAAUUAAUGCAUUUCUGUUCCUUUUGAACAUGUCCAUUGGAGUGUGAAUGAUGUGAGAUAAUGUAAAAGCUGCUCUGCUUUUCUGAGAACUGUACCUUCUGAUUUCUUAUCUCUAAUCCAAACUUCAGGCUUAGUAUCAAAGCAGAGAAAUUCUAUGGUCUAUGCAUGGAAUUAUACCAAUUCUUCUGAUUUAUUCUUGUAUCAUGGUCUUGAGGUACAACAAUAUUGUGGUCUUGAUGUUUAGUCUGGGAUCUUGCUGUAGUAAUUGUGAUUUCUGCUUUCAACCUUCCACUCAUAAGGAACUCUGCUGAUUAAGAUCCUUUAGUUAAAGAUGUUGGCUUGUGAUUUAAUAAAACUAAAU